GGGGAGCGGGAGUACUUGCGCUGGAGGACGCGGUGACACGGACACGAAUCCCGCUUCCAAGCAAAGCGCCAGCUCCAGCCCCAGUUCCGCGAGUGCCGGAGGCGGUGGCAACGCGGGGAGGAGGCAGGGCCGGGGCGGGCGGCGGCGCCGGAAGGUCCCGGCAGGCGCCGCGCUGCCCGUGAUGGCUGCCGAGGUGAGGCGGCCGCGGUGCCCUGGCACGGCCGGGUGCCCCCCGGGGCGGAGCGGCGCGGCCCCGGCCCGCGGCAGCGGCACUAGCAGCAGCAGCAGUAGCAUUUCAGAACUCACUUGAUUCAAUAUGGCUUUCAUUAGCCGAAAAAGCUUCCAGCUGUAUUCAUCCAGCACACCAGCGAGCAGGUCUGCUUUGAUGACCCUAAGCAGAAGGUUGAACUUCAUCAGUGGGCAGCACAAACCCCAAAACUGUAGCUCCGUGGCCAUGAGGAUGAUGUGUGUCAAAGAUAAAUCUCAGUAUACGUUUUGUAGGAAAAAACAUGUACAACUGCAGAUGCAGUCACUUUCUGUUAAUGAAGCUGUGCAUCUUUGUGGAGAUGCGAGGAACUGUACUAAAUCAAAUAAUCUGUGGAUGGAUGAACAAUUAUUUUUCAAGAGGUUGAACGGCCUUUGUACAUCAAAAGAGAUUUUAUAUUUUCUUAGCUCUCUAGAAGUCAUGUCUGAUACAAUGGCCUCGGGAGCCCUGCAGAAGAUUUCUGAACUUGAGGUGGACGACAAUGGUCUUAAAAACCCUGCACUGUUAGAGAAUGAAGUUUUCAGGGCAUUAUGCUUCCAGUUUGAAUUUGAAUCCUCAAACCUGUCAAACACGGGGCUGCUGAAUGCCUUGCAGGCUUUGAUAAAGCUGCGUAUAGACCCACAGAGCACGCUGAUGACGAGCCUGCUUUCGGAGAGCGAGGAGCGACUUGGCAGGGGACAGCUGACUGCUGAACAUCUCUGUGCUCUUGGAGAGAGUUUGCUCGAGUUAGAAAGCCCAAGUUGUGCCACGCUGGAACAAAUUGUGAACCACGUGCAAGAAAGAGACAUUAAGAGUUGGAGCCCCAGAGAAGUAGUGAUGGCUUAUAAGAUACUGGAAGUGAUUGUGAGGGAAGGGAAACAAUGGCAAAGCUUGCUAAACAGACUGAACAGUGUCACUUUACGUGCAGUUUCCCAACUGAGCCCAAACUUUGUAAGUGUAAUACUGAAUUCACUGGUGGUUCUUCGUCAGACUCGGGCAGUUCUCUUAGUUACUGCACUUUGUAAACAUUCAGUGCAGCAUGUUCCCUAUUUCACAGAUCAUGAACUGGUAAAUGUACUGGAAGCUUUCCUAUAUUUUGGUCAAAAAAUGCAAAAUUUUACAGAGGCACUGGAAAGACAUGUCUCCAAGUCCAUCCACAUUAUGCACCCUCAAACAGUCAGCAAGGUCAUGCAGUAUUGCUGCGAAAAGAUGAUCCUUUCUAAGCCCAUCUUUGAUGCAGUGGCAGAAGGUUUCAUUUCCAGUGCUGACAGACUUACCACUGACCAGAUUGCUGCGUAUAUUAUCCCAUUUGGGACCCUUAACUACCUCCCUCCAAGUGCUUCUUCCUUGUUUGGGAAGCUUGAAACGGUGCUGCACACCCGCCUGAGGCACUUUCAGCCUCACACCUUGCUGAACCUGCUGCACUCGUGUGUCCUUAUUCAACGUUAUCCGACAAAUUUCCUGCCAAAAAUAUUUAGUCCCUAUUUUCUGCAAAAGCUUCAAGCUCAGCCACCUGGUUUGAACAGAGUUGUUAUGUCCCAGCUAACCCAGCUUUUUCUGACUGUCACCCUGGAGUGCCCAUUUUAUGAGGGUCCAAAACUCCUUUCCAAGUACCAGAUAAAGGCCUUUCCCACACCUCAGAGUUCUCUGGAUGUUCACCUCUUUAAAAGGGUGAAGACAGGAUUACUUGAUUUACUGAAAAAAAGAAUAUACUUUGCAUCAGAGGUAUCAACACCAUAUUUCUAUGUAGUUGAUAUUGAGAUUAAAUUAGAUGAAGAAGGUUUUGUAUUGCCUGCAGCCCAGCUUGAAGAGGUGCACAAACGAUUUAACAGAUUUGAGUUCACAAAUUUACUUCUGCAAGGAAUCCUGAAUAAUAAGGAUAUUUACUACAGAUGCAGAAUUGCCCUGUGUGUUGAUGGUCAAAAUAGAUUUUGUGCUCAUAGCCACAAUCUGUUGGGAGAAGAAGCUAUUAAACAGAGACACCUUCAGUUACUUGGUUAUGAAGUUGUGCAGAUUCCAUUUUUUGAGAUAGAAAGUCUACAAAGUACCAGAAAAAUAGCAGAUUAUCUACACAAAAAAAUCUUUCCUUGUACAUAAUGACUCAGCAACUGACACUGGAGAAUACUGCUGGAUAACAUGCUGACUACAUUUCUAUACUACAAAGUGUAAAUUUUGUGCAUGGAAGAAAAACUAUUUUUUCUAAGUAACUCCACCUCAGAAAAUGUGAGCUUCUGAGUGUGAAACCUUCCAAUAUUUGGAACAAUUGACAUGUAAAGAGUAAUAAAGAGCAUCAUAUUU